CAACCGAGGCCUCCCAUAUAUACAGCACAGUCGAACUCGUGUCUCUCUUUCACAACCAGAGGAGAGUAGCCUGCUCUCUCUCACCGUCACUUAUCUGCUCCUCUCGCCUCAAUCCUUUGCUGCCCAGUGGGCACGGACUCCUCAAGCGCGUCAAGAUGGUGAAGUUUUCAGCUGAAGAGCUUCGUGCCAUUAUGGACAAGAAGCACAACAUCAGGAACAUGUCCGUUAUCGCCCAUGUGGAUCAUGGGAAGUCGACACUGACGGAUUCGCUGGUGGCUGCUGCGGGGAUUAUCGCGCAGGAGACGGCCGGAGAUGUGCGUCUGACGGACACCCGGCAGGAUGAGGCGGAUCGUGGUAUUACGAUCAAGUCGACCGGUAUCUCGUUGUACUACGAGAUGACUUCGGAGUCGCUGAAGGACUACCACGGCGAGAAGGACGGAUGCGACUACCUGAUCAACCUGAUCGAUUCGCCUGGGCACGUGGAUUUUUCGUCGGAGGUGACUGCGGCGCUGCGUAUCACUGACGGAGCGCUGGUGGUGGUGGACUGCGUGGAGGGAGUGUGCGUGCAGACGGAGACGGUGCUGCGACAGGCUCUGGGAGAGAGGAUCAGGCCGGUGUUGACGGUGAACAAGAUGGACCGAUGCUUUUUGGAGCUGCAGGUGGACGGCGAGGAGGCGUACCAGACGUUCCAGCGGGUGAUCGAGAGCGCGAACGUGAUCAUGGCGACGUACGAGGAUGCGCUGCUGGGAGACGUGCAGGUGUAUCCGGAGAAGGGGACGGUGGCGUUUUCGGCGGGUCUGCACGGGUGGGCUUUCACGCUGACGAACUUCGCGAAGAUGUACGCGGGGAAGUUCGGAGUGGACGAGAAGAAGAUGAUGGAGAGGCUGUGGGGCGAGAACUUUUUCGACCCGGCGACGAAGAAGUGGACGUCGAAGAACACGGGGUCGGCGAACUGCUAA